UCUUCUAUAUAUAAAUAAACCUCUAAUUUCAUACAUUCUCCUGUUUAUUUUUAUAUUUAUUUUUUCAUUCAUAAGAGGAGCCUCUGGAUCCAUCUUCUAGAAUCGAAGACCCUUGAGAUUUCGCCACCAUGAGUCUCUUCGGUCUUGGAAGCAGAAACCAAAAAACAUUUCGUCCAAAAAAGAGUGCUCCAACUGGAAGUAAGGGUGCUCAACUUCAAAAACACAUUGAUGCUACAUUGGGUAGUGGGAACCUGAGGGAAGCUGUUAAACUCCCUCCUGGUGAAGAUAUCAAUGAGUGGCUAGCUGUAAACACUGUGGACUUCUUUAAUCAAGUGAAUAUCAUGUUUGGUACGUUGACUGAAUUCUGCACGCCGAGUAACUGUCCUACAAUGACUGCAGGACCAAAGUACGAGUAUCGAUGGGCUGACGGCGUUACUAUCAAAAAACCAAUAGAGGUAUCUGCUCCAAAGUAUGUCGAGUAUUUGAUGGAUUGGAUUGAAUCUCAACUAGAUGAUGAAACAAUAUUCCCUCAAAGAUUAGGGGCUCCUUUUCCACCCAAUUUCAGAGAUGUUGUUAAGACAAUAUUUAAGCGAUUAUUCCGCGUAUAUGCUCAUAUUUAUCACUCACAUUUUCAGAAGAUUGUUAGUUUGAAGGAAGAAGCUCACUUGAAUACUUGCUUCAAGCAUUUUGUUUUAUUUACUUGGGAAUUCCGGUUGAUCGAAAAAGCGGAGCUAGCGCCUCUUGAGGACCUUGUUGAUUCUAUUAUACAAUGAUAGUGUUUUUUUAUUUUCCUUCUCUUUCCUUCAUUUUGGAGAGGUUAGACAAUGGAAGGUUGGGUAUACAUUUUUUUUGUGGGCUUAUUAUCCUGCCCUUGUAAUAUAACUUGCUAAAUGGAAAAAUUUUAGCCA